AAAGCACUCCCCGCCGGUUCCAGCAGACCGGACAGGUUUCGCUUGACGACACCGACACUUUUUACUCCCAUCCGCCGAUUUAUCUUCGCGAUCGUCAAGUAUGGCCGCGUACAAGCUGGUGCUUAUUCGCCACGGAGAAAGCAACUGGAACCAAGAGAAUCGCUUCUGUGGAUGGUUCGAUGCUGAUUUGAGCGUGACGGGGGAGAAGGAGGCGAGGCGGGGUGGACAGGCCUUGAAAGACGCCAACUAUGAGUUUGACAUAUGCUACACCUCGGUGCUGAAGAGAGCCAUCAGGACCCUGUGGCUGGUCCUGGAUGGCAUCGACCAAAUGUGGGUGCCCGUGCACCGCACCUGGCGUCUCAACGAGCGCCAUUACGGCGGCCUGACGGGCCUCAACAAGGCCGAGACGGCCGCCAAGCACGGGGAGGCCCAGGUGAAGAUCUGGCGACGCUCUUUCGACAUCCCGCCUCCCUCUAUGGGUCCUGAACACGACUACUACGCCGCCAUCAGCAAGGAUCGCCGCUAUGCCGACUUGACUGAGGACCAGCUUCCCUCCUGCGAGAGCCUCAAGGACACAAUCGCCCGAGCACUUCCCUUCUGGAAUGAAGAGAUCGCUCCUCAGAUCAAGCAGGGAAAGAGAGUGCUCAUUGCCGCUCAUGGAAACAGUCUGAGAGGCAUCGUGAAGCACCUGGAGGGGAUGUCCGAUGAAGCUAUCAUGGAGCUCAACCUUCCCACCGGCAUUCCCAUCCUGUACGAACUGGACAAAAAUCUGAAGCCCGUGAAGCCCAUGCAGUUCUUGGGAGACGAGGAGACCGUCCGCAAGGCAAUGGAGGCCGUAGCCGCUCAGGGCAAAGCUAAGAAGUAAACCGUGGUCGUGUUCCUAAUAACUGUGUGUUCCUUCGGGAUUCUGUACCUGCACCGUGCUAAGAAAAUAUACCCUGUCAGAGUUAUGCAGGUUGUAAAUAAGGGCCAAGAGUAUUACCAGCUUGAAUAAAGUAUUAUUAGACUAAUUUGCCCGUCAACAUAGUGUAUAAUAUGUGCACUUUAUUGUUCAAUAUGAUCAAUUAAAUAUACAUUUCAAGCAGA